AUGCCGAACAACGACUACGGGACUCUCAGCUUCGCGUCAGGAGGAGAAUGGCCUGCGCAGUUUGAACUUUAUGUCGGACAGCCAGAACCCGGAGGACCUUCUUCGGCCUGGAAACAACCCUACGUGUCUUCAUUUUGCUCAAAGCCAGGGGUUGGCCAUGCGACCUCUAAUUCCAUGGCUUUUAAUUUUCAGUCACACGAAGGCACACAGCAGUACAUAGUCACUCUGGAUGCUGAGCUUCUGUCCAGGGUGUUGAGCGAUACAGGUGUGAGUUUUAUCAACAUCUCGGACCUGAACACCACGCCGAGCUACACGCCCUCGGCAGCGUUGGCCUUCACGUCCCAAUCGUAUACAACCUUGUGUCUGGUCAAAGCAUAUUGGAUAGAUUCCAAAUUAUCUGGCCCUCAGUCCGAUGAAGCCUUGAACAGCGGACUUGCCUGGGAUUGGCAAGCUAUGGAAAAUGGCCGUCCACUGUGUAACGAUUGUCAAUUUCGUGAUGAAAGUGUCUGGUUCAGCUACAGCAAUGCCACCGAAAUCAUUCACUUGGACUUGGACUGGUUGAACGUUCUGGAUCGUGGAACUGGUAGUGAUAACAAACACGGCUUCUUCGACAAGGUCAGACAAGCUUGUUUGGGCUCAUCGAUCCUUGGCGACGACGAUCCAGACAACGCUGGAAAGAACCCUGAUCUUAUAUUCAUUGCAGCCGGGCUGGGUGCUGGAAUCGCCGAGGGCCUUUCGAAGUUGCCAUAUCGUGUUGGCAUUCACGCACUGGGCACGCUGGAAGACUUGCCAUCCAACGCAAUGACUUUUAGUCCAUGGACCUCCUCUGACUCGUUAGAAGCCUUUGGCUAUCAUCUUGACGGAAACUGGAGCAACUCAACUCUCACGCCGUAUCAGAUCAAGGCUAACUCAACGCGCCUGGACUUUACCUUCAACCAAAAGCUGUACGGCUAUGGCUUCAGCGGCGUCACGAUCACCCUGGCGUUUGUGGUGCUGUUGCUUUAUGUGACAACCGUCCUCGCCCACAUCUCGAUCAUGACUUUCGGGACGAGCUGGAGCAGCAGAGCCUGGAAGACACUCGGAGUGUUUUGUGUUUUGGCACUGCAGUCUCCCACACCUACGUCUGUGCUGGAUAAUACGGGAGGCGGCGUGAAGGCCUCAAGAACAUGGCAAGCACGGGCGUCUGUCCUGGAGCUGCAGCAUGGAAAACGGGUGGGCAUCGUCAUUGCAGAGCCCGAGCAAGCGGAUCCAGAAGAAGGCUCAACGUCGAAGGUGCGGCCGGAUUGGAUGUACUCGUAG